AUGAUCCCGAACCCGCACCAGUGCCCGAAACAGGAAACUUAAAGAAUCUUUAAAGAGUUCUCCCAGUCAAUUUGUGUUUAAACAGGUGGUGGGGCGAGAGUCCUGAUCUUCCUUCGAAAGGUGUUGUUUGAAAAGGUCAAUUUUCAACUGAAAAUUAUGUGAAUUGUUAUUUAUAUCUUUGAUUGGUAACAUUUUGAGCACAUUCCCGUGUCUGAUUUUUGCCAACGGCCGUUGGACCCCUGCGGAUGUGUUAGCCUGAGUGAUUUUUCCCGGAUGUGAUGUGACGUUGAAAAAUUUGUGUAAUAAAGAAAAGUUCAUUGGAAGCCAAGCUUUGAUGUUCCCUAAGUGAAGGAGUAUUUACUUAUAAGAAAUUAGUGGCGUUCACCUGGAUCAACUUGUGCAAGUACUUAAUUGAGUUUAAAGGUCAUUUGGUGUUUGUCGAACCACCCUGCUCAGGUGCUCGUGCCCAGGCUUGCGUUCGUGUUGAUGUUUGUGUUUACCUUGUGAAGCUGACGACUAGACGUUGAACAACAUGUUGAAAGUUUGCGCUGCGGAAGUUUUAAUUGGCUGCAAACUUACAAUUUUACCUUAGGGGUUGAAUAGUACCCACAACAAUGGCCUCAGCGCAGCCAGCAGGCCGUUGCCAAAAUUAGGCGCUCAAUAAGCAAUAUCUCUCAAUAUGAUUAUCUGAGUAAAUGGACACAUCAGCAUUAUUUUUACCAAAGAGAUAAUGGUCUCGAUUCAAUCAAAACCGGAUUAACAAAACCGACAGGCAAGAUGAUUUCUGCCAGACAACAGAGCAAUCACCUGUAAUACCAGCAGUUGGAGCAAAAACGGGACAAGCCAUUAGGAUAACUCGGGACCGCAAUUACAGGAUAAUACCAGCGAACAAGGGAGACAAUGCUACGCUUUAACCCCCACUGUGCUCUACUAGAUUCAAUUCUUCUGCUAUAUUUCAUGACCAGCUCCCUUCCUCUGCCCGCCUACUCCACGUAUCUAGGACCAAAUCUCAUUGACCAACAUUGUAAUACGAGUAGCUGUAACAAAACAUCCCAACAUGACACAAGUCUUAACAAAAACGACGUUAACAAUCUCCUCCGUCCGCCCAGAAUUGUCGAUGGCGAUAGCGUUCGGGUUAACAGUGUCCGGGCGACCACCGUCAGUGUGCAUAACCCUGGAAAGCAUUGGAUAGUACCCGGUGAACUCAACGUGACGUCACGUAAAUUACAGGUGUCGGGUGGUGAAGGUGCUAAUAGUGCAAAUUACAGUGAUAUCCUUAGGAUUAGAAGGACAAAAAAGCUGGCGGCUACGAAGAAAAGUUUCUCAUUAGUUCUUGUAAAUCCGUUCAAGGUGAAUGAGGUUUUCGAGAAGGAGCGCAGCUGGCAAAGUGAAAGUGUAACACGAAACUCCAAGGGAAGAAUUGUUCUUUUAGGGCUGUUCGAAUUGAGUACGAGAGCGGGGGUACGCCCCGAGGGGUUGAGCGAGUUGGCCGCUGCUCAAAUGGCUGUGCAACAUAUCAAUCAGCAGAAACUGUUGCCUGGAUACACUCUUGAGCUUGUAACAAACGACACGGAGUGUGACCCGGGCGUAGGAGUGGACCGCUUCUUCCAUGCAUUAUACACGCAACAUUCAACAAGGAUGGUGAUGCUCCUGGGGUCGGCCUGCUCCGAAGUCACCGAGAGCCUAGCAAAAGUUGUCCCCUAUUGGAAUAUCGUACAGGUAUCAUUUGGGUCCACAUCACCGGCCUUAAGUGACCGACACGAAUUUCCAUUUUUCUUUCGCACCGUAGCACCUGACUCCUCACAUAAUCCAGCCCGGAUAGCCUUCAUAAGGAAAUUCGGAUGGGAUACGGUGACAACAUUCUCACAAAACGAGGAGGUCCACUCAUUGGCUGUGAACGAUUUGGUUACGGAAUUAGAGGCGGCUAACAUAUCAUGUGCGGCAACGAUAACAUUUGCCGAAACGGAUUACAGGGAUCAGCUACUUUUGUUAAGGGACCUUGAUACACGAAUAAUCAUUGGAAGCUUCUCGCAGGAGCUGGCUCCGAAAAUCUUCUGUGAGGCUUUCAAACUCGGCAUGUUCGGAGCAGAUUAUGCAUGGAUCCUGCACGAGAGUAUGGGUCCACCGUGGUGGCAUCUGGAGGAGCCCGACGGAUGUCUCUCGUCGCAACUGGCCCGAACCGUGGAGAAUGUUAUCAUUGUGUCGAGCCACAACAGCAUUGUGGGAAACAAGAGCAGCUACAGUGGACUGAGCAACGAGAUGUUUCUUAGGCAGCUGAGCGAGCUCCAGGUCCCUGAGCCGCUCUCCAAGUAUGCUCCGCAGACGUAUGAUGCGGCCUGGGCAAUAGCGCUGGCCCUGCGAGGCGCCGAGGACCAUUGGACGCGGAAUGCACUACAAUCGAAAUUGGAUCGAUUCGACUAUACACGAUAUGAUAUGGCCCAGGAGUUCCUACGUCAGCUAGGGAAAUUGAAUUUUUUAGGAGUGUCGGGUCCAGUUUCCUUUAGCGGUCCAGAUCGGAUAGGCACAUCGGCCUUUUAUCAAAUCCAACGUGGAAGCCCGGAACCGGUCGCCCUCUACUAUCCGGCCGAGCAGAAUCUCGAUUUUCAUUGUCCUGAUUGCAAAAUGAUCAAAUGGCACAGCGGACAGGUGCCGAUAGCCAAGCGGGUCUUCAAAUUAAAAGUAGCCACAAUAGCGCCGGUGGCCUUCUACACAAUGGCCACAUUGGCUUCGUUCGGAAUUGCCCUGGCCAUUGUGUUCCUGGCAUUCAAUCUCCAUUUCCGGAAAAGGAAAACGAUUAAACUCUCCAGCCCCAAGUUGAGUAACAUCACUGCUGUCGGAUGUAUUCUGGUUUAUACGGCCGUCGUACUUCUGGGGUUAGACCACUCGACACUGCCUUCGUCAGAGAAGUCCUUCUCGGCCAUUUGCACGGCUCGAGUAUAUUUGCUCUCGGCAGGAUUUUCCCUGGCGUUCGGAUCGAUGUUUGCCAAAACCUAUCGUGUUCAUCGUAUUUUCACCCGAGCUGGCGGUGGUGUUUGCAAGGAUAAAAUGCUGCGGGAUAUUCAGCUCAUAUCGCUCGUAUGUGCCCUACUUUUGUUGGACGGCCUCGUUGUAACGCUGUGGGUAGUCAUGGAUCCAAUUGAACGUCAUUUGAACAAUUUAACGCUUGAAAUAAGCUCGACGGAUCGGAGCGUUGUUUACCAGCCACAGGUUGAAGUGUGCCGUUCUCAGCAUACGCAGUCCUGGCUGGGGGCUCUCUAUGCCUACAAAGGACUGCUCCUAAUUGUAGGAGUCUACAUGGCCUGGGAGACGCGACACGUUAAGAUACCGGCACUAAACGACUCCCAGUACAUUGGCGUUUCUGUCUACAGCGUCGUGAUUACGAGCGCCAUUGUCGUCGUCCUGGCUAAUCUGAUUUCCGAGCGUGUCACGCUGGCAUUUAUUACAAUAACGGCGUUAAUAUUAGCAUCAACAACAGCCACGCUCUGCCUGCUCUUUUUGCCGAAGCUGAAUGAAAUUUGGGAUCGCAGUGACGUAGUGGAUCCCGUGAUCCAUAGCAUGGGCUUGAAGAUGGAGUGCAACACGAGACGCUUCGUAAUUGACGACAAACGCGAAUUACAAUAUCGCGUCGAAGUUCAAAAUCGCGUCUAUAAAAAGGAAAUUGCCGCCCUCGAUGCUGAGAUUAGACGCUUGGAGAGACUUUUAGAAGGAAAUUCGUCGACGUCGUCGUCAAACGUUUCAUUAGUGGGACCACAGAAGCCCGAAGUGUCAAUCAUCUCAGAAAUAUCAUAUGCAACUCCGCCAGCACCAAAAUCUAGAACACCCAGCAUCAGUGGUGGCUUACCGUACCUAUUACUUUCUGUCCUUCCGCCAGUCAUACCACGGGCGAGUUGGCCAUCAGCAGAAUACAUGCAAGUUCCGAUGCGUCGUUCAGUAACAUUUGCUUCACAACCUCAGCUGGAGGACUCAAGGUCUGUGAACGAUGUCUGCUUACCUGCUGCAGACCUCUUCAACCUCCGACUCGCCCAUCAACAGGCCACUGAAAACAAAUCUGGGAUCAUGAAUAGAAUUCGAGGAAUAUUUACACGAUCCACUAGUCAUAGGAGUUCAUCCAACAGUCUGAGUGGCCAAAGUGGAAUCAAAGCUGUUAUCAAGAGUCACAUGGGUAUGUUCACACGCUUUAUUCCAUCUGCGGAGACUGCGUCCUGUAACGCCCUGUAUAAUACGCCAGCUAUAAAACCGCUUCGGAAAAUGUCACUAGCUAAAAGUGGAAAUGAUAUCGAUCAGGCUUCUAUCGAGCCUGGAUUUCUGGCGGAAAAAAAAUUGUCGCUGACGACGGUCGAGGAAGACCAACCAAAGUACAUUAAAGUACCCGAAACCAAAGUGAAUUUUCAAUUGCCUGCAGACCGACGACCAUCAAUUUUUGUACAACCUACCUUAAGGGAGAGAACUCGCGGUUCACCAAGGUUUCCUCACCGAAUAAUACCAACAUGUAGCUUAAGUGCGUUAGAAGAAAAGGAAUCUGGCUCAACAUCUACGGGUAGACAUUUUGAUAUCAAUCAGGCUUCGACGUCACCCAACUGGAAGUCAAUGGAGGUAGCGAAUACAAAAUCGUCCUUUUCGCUUGAGGAUCAAACUGUGUUCACAAUACCCAGCACCACAAACAGCAACUGCGCUGAUCAAAUCUAUGUAUUACCGGAAACACCGACAUAACAGCAACCGGUUUUCUUAGCCAAAACUUCCCUAUUUCUCGGUGAUUUCUUAGAUAAGAAUGUUAGCGCCGAAAUGUAAUUCGAAGACGAUGGCCCAUACGAAUAUUUGUAAUAGCUCAAUCUGAAGCCCAAAGAUAAACCUGGAUCU